ACGCGGGUGGAGGAAGCUGGCGUGCAGCAGGGAGGACGGAGCUCACCUCCUCCGCAGCGCCCAUGGGGACAGGACGACUUUAAAGGAGUUUGGGGGGGGUUUCUGGCGCUGGGCGACUACGGAUCCGGCGAUUCCUGCCCUCGCCUCGCCCUGUCAUUGAUGGGAAAUCAACUAGAUCGCAUCACCCACCUGAAUUACAGCGAGCUGCCGACCGGGGACCCCUCGGGGAUCGAGAAAGACGAGCUGCGCGUCGGAGUGGCUUACUUCUUUUCGGAUGAGGAGGAGGACCUGGACGAGCGAAGCCAACCGGACAAGUACAGCGUGAAGGGCUCCGGCAGCCCUGGCCAGGAGACGCCCACCCACCACCUCCAUCACCAGCUGGUGCUGAACGAGACCCAGUUCUCCGCUUUCCGUGGCCAGGAAUGCAUCUUUUCCAAGGUCAGCAGCGGCCCCCAGGCUGGGGACCUCAGCGUCUACUCGGUGUCAGCCCUGCCUGCCCUCUGCAAGCCGGGGGAUCUGCUGGAGCUGCUCUACCUGGGGCCGUCGGAGCACCCGCCGCCGCACUGGGCAGUGUACGUGGGCAGCGGGCAGAUCAUCCACCUGCACCAGGGGCAGAUCCGCCAGGACAGCUUGUACGAGGCGGCCGCGGGCAACGUGGGCCGGGUGGUGAAUAGCUGGUACCGCUUUCGCCCGCUGGUGGCUGAGCUCGUGGUGCAAAAUGCCUGCGGGCACCUGGGCUUAAAAAGCGACGAGAUCUGCUGGACUAACUCCGAGAGCUUCGCCGCCUGGUGCCGUUUCGGGAAACGGGAGUUCAAAGCCGGGGGGGAGCUGCAGGCUGCUGCCGGCACCCAACAUCAGCAGCAGUACUAUCUCAAGAUCCACUUGGCGGAGAACAAGGUGCACACGGUGAGGUUCCACAGCCUGGAGGAUUUAAUACGCGAGAAACGCAGGAUCGAUGCCAGUGGCAAACUGCGGGUGAUCAAAGACCUGGCUAUAGUGGAUGGGAAAGAAUAGGGAGUAGCAGCGGUACAUGGCUAUCUUCCUUCUGCCCUGCCCGGGGCGACCAGCCUGCCACAGAGACAGGAGGCUGCACCCUCUUUCCGUGGGACGCGACUGGAAGCAGGAUCCAUGGCAACAUUCUAGAAAACCAGCAUUGUUUAAAUUUAUUUGGCUUUUAAUAGCAUUAAUGCUUGAAAGAGCGAGAGAGAGGAAGAAGAGAGGGGGGAGGUGCAGGGAGGCUGUUCUCAGAGUGUGUGGACAAAGUCUCUCCUGUUGAUUGAUGUUGACCAUCCUAGCAACACGCCAAUAAAAUUUCAAAUUGAAAUUUUUUUUUUUAAAUUUUUAUUUCAUGGCUUUAAUCCAUGAUAAGUUUUAGACAUCUGGGGCCAUGGAUGUGGAGCUAGCUAAAUGAGUUUCUAGCUAAUAUUUGCCUUGCAGCCAACCAAAAGCAUCUGUCAUACUUUGCUAACUGGGAGGGGAAUGAGGAGUUGCAGGAGGCAAAUGCCUGUUUUGUUUCUCAACACUGUUGCUUCAGCCUGUAGCUGCAACCCAAAUUUUGUCCCAGCCAACUCUGGCAAGAUAAUAACAUGGGAAAAUGAUUUCACGUUUCUGGUUGGAAUCUAUCAGAUUUAAAAUAUUCUGCUUUGCUUUUUGUUUGCAGCUGUCUGCUAAAUGUCACCAUAAUGCAUAAGAUCUUUCCACCUCUUCCCUCCUCCCACUCUCCCUGCCUUUUUUUUUUU